AUGUCCGAAAAUGCUGCUCAAGUGUCUUCUGAGCCCAGCAGUCGCUCCUCUCCGGCAUCCAGUGACCUCGGACUGGUCUCCCUCAAUUCAACACGGGUGAAUCGUGGAAGUACUUUCUGGGAAGAGCCCAUAUACUUUGAUUACUCUCCGAGCGGCACGCCCACUAGCUCUCCUCCCUACACGCGACAGUCAUCGAUGGUCGAUCUCCGUGAUCUCCACAAAGAGUCACAAACCAGUUUCGACUCAAAAGAUAGUCAGGAUGCCGAGCUGUAUCAUGUAUUCUCGCACCGCCGGAAAUGGGCUAUCGUUAUUCUGAUCGGUGUUGCCGGGCUCUUCUCCGGCCUCUCUUCCAAUAUUUAUUUUCCUGCUCUAGACGCUAUCGCCCAGGAUUUUCAUGUCAGCUCGCAAGCAGUAUCUCUGACCAUCACAUCGUACCUCAUCUGCCAAGCAAUAUCUCCCAUAAUAUGGGGGUCUCUCGCUGAUUCCCUUGGCCGCCGACCAAUAUAUAUGGCGUCUUUUGGUGUUUAUAUUAUUUCAAACAUUGUGUUAUCUUUCGCUCCGAAUUUUGCUGUCCUUCUGGUAUUCCGGGGCAUGCAGGCUGUUGGGAGUGCAUCCACAGUAAGCAUUGGAAAUGGCGUGAUUCAAGACAUCACUCCCUCGUCAGAGAGGGGCAACUUCAUCAGCUUUUACCAAGCCAUUCGCAACUUCAGCAUUGCGGUCGGGCCCGUGCUUGGCGGCGUGUUGGCGAACUAUCUUGGGUUUCAUUCAAUUUUCGUCUUUCUCCUUGUUCUUUCGACACUCACCCUCGGGUCCCUGGUCGCAUUUCUCCCUGAGACAAUGCGAUCGAUUGCAGGCAACGGGAGCUGUCGCCUCGGAGGAAUAUACAGGCCACUGAUCGAAUGCUGUGGCGUCAAGUCGAAAUACCAUACGCAAGACGCACCAAAAGACGGGCCAAAGAUCACAGUUGACUUGGAUACAUUUACCUCACCCCUGAAACUACUCGUACAGCGCGAUAUUCUGACAAACUUGGUCUUCGGCGGGGUCGUCUACGCGAUCUGGUCAAUGGUGACCUCAAGCACGACGGGGCUGUUCAAAGACCGCUUUCACCUCAACGAGACCAUGAUCGGCCUCGCAUAUCUGCCCAACGGAAUCGGCACCAUAGCGGGCUCGGCAGUGGUGGCCAAGCUCAUGACACGGGACUUCCGGGUCUGCGAGAAGGCGUACAGGGCCGACAACAACCUCCCCAGCGACUACACCAUCCCCACCAAAGCCAUCCCGGCGGACUUCCCCAUCGAGCACGCCCGCCUGCGGAACCUGUGGUGGAUCGUGUCGCUGUUCAUCGCUUCCAUCGUGGGGUAUGGCUUCUCCCUCGGCGUGCCGCGGUGGGUUUCCGACCAAGCUGGGUACAUCGCGCUCCCCCUCACCCUACAAUUCAUCAUCGCGGCGACGAGCAACGCAGUCUUUGCUGCAAACCAGACGCUUAUCUCGGACCUCUGCCCUGGAAAGGGAGCCAGUGCUACGGCGAUUAAUAACCUUGUCCGGUGUACGCUUGGCGCCAUCGGUGUGGCUAUCAUCGAUACCAUGAUUGCGAACUUGGGGGUUGAGUUUGCGUUUCUUACAUUGGCGAUUGUCAUGGCCUGUUGUGCGCCGCUUGCCAUUUUGACUUGGUUUUUUGGACAACGCUGGCGAGGAGAGCGAACUUCUACCAAGGCUUAA